AAGAAGUUAUAUGCCUUUUUUCAAAAAAGAAGAAGAAGUUAUCACGAAAAAAUCAAAGAAGAGAAGAAGUUAUCAUGGGUCAAGCCCUCAAUACCGCAAAAGGGAACGGUGAGUUAAAUAGGAAAGACUUGGAAACUAUGGCAGAUAAUUGCUACCGCAAACGCCUUGAAGAACAAGAUGACGAUCAAGAAUGGUCUUUUGGCGACUUCUACCGUAUUGUGGAUGAAGCUGUCGAAGAAAUUAAUAGAAGACUCGGUGGUACCCAACUUAAGGUGCCAAGUGUUGAUAAAUUACAAGAAGCUUAUGAGAGACACAAUCUCGGCGAGGGGAAGAAGAUAUCAAAAGACGAGUUUCAGAAGCUUCUUCAGGAGGUUUUGAUCGGAGCUGGGUUCACCGGGGUCGGAGGAGUAAAAGAGUUUCUACUCUUCAUCUUUGGAGUUCCUGCCUUGACCGUAUUCCUCAAGAACCGUAUAGCUCCGACGUCUUUCCCCAACGACUUGCUCAUCCCCGCCGUCACUUCCGCUACCGUCUUCCUCCUCGCCAAGCUCAACAAGAUAUGACUCUAUUUGUUUGAUCUUUUCUAGCUUUACAUUUUUUUCUAAAUUUGUAUUGGGUAACGUUUAUGAGUGAAUGCGUCAAUGACUUUGAGUUAAAUUUGGAGAAGUUUGUUUUAUCUCUUACUUCUUUGAUAUUACAUGACCAUUUUAUUGUUCAAA